GCGAGGGAGGCUGCGACGAAAUCAAGGGCGUGGUUACGGGAGAUGAAACAACCCCUACUCUCGAGCUCCAUGUAGCUGAACUCACCCUUCUCUGCAUCAGUUUUUUCCGCCAGGGAUGCUGUCCGCCGUCUCUCUUGUCGCAGCCGGGAGAUCGAGAUGUUGUCAGACGCGAUCUUGUUACCGCGGAUAAAGUUAACAAUCGACGUCGAUCUAAUCGCGAUCUGAAGUUGAUAGGUAAACAAGUGACUUAGCGAAGUGAAAUAUUUUGAAGAAAUCGUGAAUCUAUCUUGUUAAGAUUUAUAGGAAAAAAAAAAGUGGUCGGAUAAGAUUUCGUGUACGAUUGCUUAAUUGGUGGAGGAAUUUAAGUUGAGCGGAGAAGAGCGAUGCAGCUUCAAACCCGAUAAGAACAAGCGAGAUAAGAAGGAAAUCUGGGAAGCCUGACCUUUAUCUCGAAAGACUAUGUUACGUACUACGAGAAGCAAGAUAGCAAUGUUUUGCGAUGCAAAUCUACGUCCGCGGCGAAGAUGAGAAGAUAAUUUUUUGAGGUAAACCAGACUGAAGACCUUUUUGAAAGAAACAUUUCCGGAACGCAGAGGCACAUGAAGAGCUUCAAUUGCGAUUUCGCGAACGAGGAUAGGACGAUUCCCAUGGCGAACAGCGGCCACGGAGUCGCUGUUAACGGCAUGGGUGCUCCUGGUUCGGGCACCUUGUCGAGAGAAGAGAGACGUAGGCGAAGGAGGGCCACUCAAAAGUAUCGAACCGCACAUGCCACACGGGAAAGAGUCAGAGUGGAAGCGUUUAACUUGGCAUUUGCGGAACUGCGAAAGUUGCUGCCAACGUUGCCGCCGGACAAGAAGCUCUCGAAAAUCGAAAUUCUUCGGCUGGCAAUUUGCUAUAUCGCAUACCUGAAUCACGUACUCCAAGCUUGAACUUGCGUAUUUCGAUGAGCAGAAUUAGAAGGCUUAGAAAACUGUGACGAUUUCUUUGCCAUUUACUGACUGAAAUGCAAAUUGAACUAUUAACCACUUUUCUAAAAACUUUAAUUUUUUAAUUUAAAAAUUUAAUUCUUUAUCUUCUUGUAAUUCUUAAAACUAGAAAAAGAUGAAAAAUAAACCGAGAGAUUAAAGUUAACCUUUUAUAUAUUGAUAGAAAUAAACAUAAGAAAUGUUAUUUACACAUAUCAUUUUUGAAAUAAUUUUUUCUUAUGGAAAAUACACGGAACAAAUUUUUUUUUUUUUUUUGUUUUAUUUUUGAUCUCUGGCUGGACGCUGAACUUUAUGCAAUUAAAACUUAUGCAAUUUCCACUCAAUUAGCACAGACGUUUAAGCACUCGAUGACAAAUGAAAGAAUAUUGUAUUCGAUGCAUUCUACAAUCGUUAAAGAUGUAAAUGUCGCUGCGUUAGUCGUGUAGGAUUGCAUCAUUUAUCGCGCGGUGUAACCGUCGCGUCAAUAUUCUCGAAUUUAUCCAAUUCCUGUGGAUUAGUAAGCCACCUCGGGACAAUGGAGGGGCGUUCCCAUGGGAGAUUGCUAUCCCUCGACGUUCCUUCAAAUUCUACUACCACCCUCGACAGUCAUCGCCCGGCCGCGUAUCCGAUCGUUGUCGAUUAUAUGGCGUACGAGCUUAAGUGAAAAAGAAUGGAAUUGUCGGCGAGGAGGUCAACUUCACGGAUCGUCGCCUCGCGCCACUCGUUUCCCGGUUCUCUGCAAAUGCGAUUGUGCGACUCGAUCUGCUCGGAGAUCCGCGUGAGAUUGAUUGUCCUUACGAAUCAAACUGACUCCCUUGCGAAAAAAAACGCAGAUGAAUUAAAACAAAAAAAAACUCAUUUUUGUAGAAUUGAAUAUUUAAAAUGGUUUUAAAUUAUAGAAUUAUUAUUACUAUUAUAUUUCAUUUUUAUUAAGUCUUUUAACAUUUUUUAACAACUAAGAUUAAUACAAUAAAUUAUGUUUUUCUUUUAUAAUAUCUGAGAAGAGCUAAAGCGAACAACUUGAUCUUGAAUAAACAUAUGAAUAACCAUUGAACGAAAAUGUCAUUUAAUUUUAAUAGAAGUUUUAAUUUUUGUGGAAAGAUUAGAUAUAAUUAGCUAAGUCCUUUAAAUUGCUUUAUUUUGGUAUCAGCACUUUAUAGCCAGUGUUAUCUCGCGAAUUUGUUUUUUCAUCAAAUACGUAAAAAGAUAGGCGGUACAAAGCAGACAAAUGAAAAUGACAAUGAUAAUACAAGUAAUAAAUGAAAGAGUUUAUGUGCGUGUCCAUUUCGCGAACAAGCUAAUUAAGAAGCGAUCAAUGAAACAAAUAUAGCCAAGUAAUUUAUUAAUUCGUUUGCUAUUAACGUUUCUUUUAUAAUUGUUAGUUCUACAGGGUGGAACCGAACGUUCUGGCCAAACUUUGAGAUUACAUAAGAAAUUUAAUUCUAAACAAAAAAUUUCCUGUAAACCAUGGAUUGAAAAAUGCUUCCUUAAAAAUAAUUGUAGGGCGUUCCAUAGAUUUUGAGGUAAAUAAUUUCAAAUGUACAAAAAAAUGUUUCUUUGGGUAUAGAGCUUUUUAAAAUACUUUUUAUUUAUACUUAUGGCCUAAUUUUUAAAGUUUAUCUUGUUUGUUGAUUAUUCCACUGAAAAUUUUACUUUUCUACAUUGCUUAAACUAUUCAUAACAGGAUGAAAAGAAAGAUAGAAGGUAAAAAGAAAAUGAAAUUAAUCAAGUCUCGUGAAUAUCUAAUCCACUAAACGCGAUUUUUAAUCGACUAAAAUUAAAUCGGGAGAAAAUUCAUGAAGCGAUCAAAUCGAUUUAUCCUCCUAUAAUGAUUGGUUUAAAGUUUAAACAAAGCAGAAAAGUAUAUUUUUUUGCAAGGUUUUAAUAAAUUUUUUAUGAAGCAAAAUAAUUGCCAUUAACUCAAAUAUAUUCUUUUCUCGGAAAAUAAAUGUUUAAAUUUUUUUAACAAUAAAUGCUUAAGAACAAUAAUUUUUUAAAAUAGAAAUUA